AUGGACACCGUCAGUUUGGAGCCGGAAGAGGUCGAAGCAAGCAAGGAGAGGCCUGCAGAGGAGGCGACACGGAGAUGGUGUUGCCACUGGCUUCGGGAGCUCUAUGCCGCCUUCGGCAACUUCAUCCCCUUUGCAAUCUUAACCUAUGGCGUGAACCAGAGCAUUACAUUUGCCAUAGGGGGCUUUGCCCUUCGCUUCUACAUGAAGGAUGUGCUGGGACUAGAUGGUGCUACCAUGGGACGGCUAACAACAGCCGCGGGGCUUCCAUGGAAUAUGAAGCCCUUCAUGGGCCUGCUGUCCGAUGGGGUGGCCUUCUGUGGCUACCACCGCCGAUCCUACAUCGUCCUUGCCGCAGCUGUUGGCUUCGCCUCGUAUGUCUUGCUCGGGACCUUGGCAUUGCCAGCUGCCGCGCUGGUUGUUGUGAUGAUUGCGAUGAAUCUCUCAGUCUCCACGACGGACGUCAUCGUGGAUGGUAAGGGUGCGGAACUCUCGCGCCAAGUGCCGCAUCAUGCGUCUGAUCUGCAGUCACUUUUCUGGGGUGUCGGGGCGCUCUUCAGUCUGGUGUCUUCGAGCUUGAAGGGAUCCCUCAUCGAAUGGUUUUCGCCCCAGACGGUGCUGCUGAGCUUGACGGCUUGCUCAGCCAGCCUGCUUCUACCCGCUCUCUGGGGCUGGUUGCCCGAAGAAAGGAUUCCGCAUGCACGAUGCGUCGUGAAGCUGGACCAGUUCCGGAAGCACCCGUCCGUGUCCAUGAUCGCUGUGCUGUUGACCCUCGUUUCCACCUGUUUGUCCUCCGUUCAGGUGCUGGUUCCCAACAAGCAAGCCAGAGCUGCGGUCACGGUGCUUUGUGCUGCCGCCGUGGCCACGCAGUCUUAUCGAGCAUUGAAGCAGAUCACGCCAUACUUGGGCAGGACUGCGCUUUUCAUCUUCCUCAGGCAGAGCUUGCAAGUCGGCCUUGGUGAAACGAUGUUUGUAUGGCUGACGAAGUAUCCCGAAGGCCCGCAGCUUAGCCCCUCCAAGCUGGGCUUCGUCGACUGCUUUGGGGCCCUUGGCCUUCUCAUCGGGGUUUGCAUCUACAACAAGUACAUGACCAGCUGGUCCUUCCGUCGAAUUUUCCUCACAGCACAGCUCUCCGUCUUCUUUGCCCAGCUGCUGGAGAUCGUUUUGGUGAUGCGGUGGAACCUCUUGAUUGGGAUCCCCGACUUCCUUUUCCUGGUGGGUGACGACACCUUCGGAUUGCUGGUCUCGAGGUUCUUUUUCAUUCCGAUGUGCGUGCUCGCGGCAAAGGUCUGCCCGCCGAACCUUGAGGCAACCUUGUUUGCGACCUCGUUGUCUCUCUCCAAUUUUGGCGGUGCCGUCAGCGGAUUCUUGGGCGUGACUAUGUGCGAGGUUUGGGGCCUCGUCGGGGAUAACUUCGACAACUUGCCCUAUGCCAGCCUGACGAAGGCUUGCACAGCACUUCUUCCAGUGCCCCUGAUCUUUGCCUUGACGCCCACCUUCACGCCGAAUGAUCCGGUGCCCGAGGAGGUCCAAACGGGCGAGUCUCAGGAACCCGCAUCCGAGAGGUCCGAGACAAGUCAGGCAGCGCCUCGCGGCAGCCGAGCUUGGCCUAGCGUAGCCUAG